AAGCACAAAAGAGAAUAAUCAAAAGACGACAUGUAGUGUAUGAAGUGGAAGUGGAACCGAAAAGCAGCAGUUCAGAACGAAGAUUUGCAAAUGACUUAAAUUUGCAAAAAAACGCGAUAAAUUCUUAAUUAAACUAAUUGGAAACGCAAAGGUUGCGUAUUAACAUAUAGAAAUAACUAAAUUUUAUAAAAUAUUGAAAUAUUAAACGACGCGAAAACGAACGAAACCCAAGUGCUGCACAUGAAUUAGUGAAAAUGUAAUUUCUCUGCUGCACGACUACGAAAAAGAAGACGACGACGAAGCAAAAAAUAAAAAGAAAGGCAAAGAUAAAAAUAAAAAUCUGUGACAGGCACUGGUGUAAAUAUCCAAAUCCUUUCGGUUUGGUAAAAACUACAUUAACGUGGACGAAUGCGGCCUAAACAGGACUGUUUUAUUUGUUGCAAACGAGAAAUAUUAAAUUUAUGUAUAUACAUAUAUUGCGUAUAUUGUAUAAAGGAUAGGGAAGAAGAAUAGCACUAAAACAAAACGACAUAGUCGACGAAGAAGAAGAACGAAGUUCCGGAUAAGAGAUAUUUCUGCGGGCCAGACGUAAGGCGAAUUUUUUUUAUUUAUACAAAAUCGAAAAUAUAGUGAAGCAUAAAAACUGUUGUGGGAUUAGAAUAGGUGUGGAGAAAACUGACUGCGUAAACUACAGCAGUCUAAAACAGCUUUACGGUGCUAAUUACGAAUGGCUUAUAAACGGAUGCACGGAAGACAUCCUGCACACACACUGUCGUCUGGCGCUAGAGGACAAUAGACACCCUCUAACGUUUGGACAGCAUAUUUUUUGUUACCUUUUUUUUAAUUUUGGAAAGCACCUGUUAAUCACUUAUAUGCCUGCACACUGUUUAACCAAUAACGAUCACUUGCCGCCUGAAACCAAACCAAUGCUCGCUAUCAACGAGGAGCAACACUCGGAAGCGUCACACGCACGCAACCAUAGCGAUGGCAAUGGAGAAGUGCAUGCCAAUGGCAAUGCCAACAUCACCAACCAACAACAACGCCAACAAACUGCCGGCAGCAAUAACAACAGCAGCAGUGCCCACGAAACAACACAGUUACCACCAUUGCCAGACGGGCCGCUGUGGUCGGUGCUUUACGAUUACGAUGCCAAAGGCGAGGAUGAGUUGACUCUGCGUCGCGGUCAGAUUGUAGUAGUGCUAUCUAUGGAUAGCAAUAUUUCGGGUGAUGAGGGCUGGUGGACGGGCAAAAUUGGUGAUAAGGUCGGCAUUUUUCCCAGUAACUUUGUGACAGACCAAGAUCCUAUGCUGCCGGACGUGCCCUCAGCUAUUGGAGACAUACAACCGCACGAAAUUGACUAUGCCGAACUCGAGGUGGGCGAGGUGAUAGGCGCUGGCGGCUUUUGUAAGGUGCAUCGCGGCUAUUACAGCGGCGAAGAGGUUGCCAUUAAGGUGGCACCGCAAGCUGGUCCCGAUGUCGAAUCGAAUCGCGACAAUGUGCUACAAGAAGCGAAGCUAUUCUGGGUCGUCAAACACGAAAACAUAGUGGCACUGCGUGGCGUCUGUCUAAAGCCGCCCGAUCUGUGUCUUGUUAUGGAGUAUGCGCGCGGCGGCAGUUUAAACCACAUUUUGGCGCGUGGCAAGAUACCACCCGAUGUGCUGGUUAACUGGGCGAUACAGAUAGCACGCGGCAUGAAUUAUUUGCACAACGAAGCACCCAUCUCGAUUAUACACCGUGAUCUGAAGAGUUCCAAUGUGCUCAUUUUGGAAGAAAUCAUUGCCGGCAAUCUGCACAAUAAAACACUGAAGAUCACCGAUUUCGGUUUGGCGAGAGAGCUUUACAACACAACACGCAUAUCAACAGCGGGCACAUACGCUUGGAUGCCGCCGGAAGUGAUAAAGAGCAGCACGUACUCCAAGUCAUCGGAUGUUUGGAGCUACGGUGUGCUGCUAUGGGAGCUCAUCACAGGCGAAACGCCAUACAAAGGUUUCGAUUCGUAUUCAGUCGUGUUUGGCAUUGCAGUGAAUAUGCUAACGCUGCCUAUACCGAAAACUUGCCCGGAUGCAUGGGGAAAACUCAUGAAAAGCUGCUGGGAGAAUGACCCGCAUAAGCGACCGGGUUUCAGGGACAUACUAACGAAGUUGGAAGACAUUACACGUUCAGGUUUCACGCUGACGCCACAGGAAUCGUUCAACACUAUGCAAGAUGCCUGGAAGAAGGAAAUAGCCGAAGUGCUGCAAGAGUUGCGCUUGAAAGAAAAGCGUUUCCAAGCAAUCGAGGAGGAAUUGCGCACGAAAGAGGAACGCUUGAAUCGUGUUCAGAGCGAACAGGACGAACAGGCGAUGAAUCUGAAACGCUUCGCAGAGCAGUUAAAACUGCGCGAGAUGGCUUUAAUCGGGCGAGAGCUGCAAAUUGCACAACAAACGCCCACGCCGAAUCGUAGACGUGGCAAGUUUAGCAAAGUGAAACUUAAACUGCUAAAAAAGAACGAAGUGCAAAUUUCACUUCCAACCGACUUCCGGCACACAGUGACAGCAAUACACGACAAACCCUUGACUGAUACACCGCCUGGCUCACCAGCGAUUUCCCAAGUGCGCAUUGUGGCACGCUACAAUUCCAAAGACUGGUGCUCGCCUUUACACGCGCUGCCAGCCGCUGCUGGCGCCGGCACUACCAUCGUGGACGCGCCGCUGCCCAUUAUGUCGCCCAAUCCCUACCUGCUGAGCCGCUUUACUUCCAACAUUCCCAUGCCCACGCUGUACGCCGGCGAUGCGGUGCGCAAGCCGAAGCUUUCCGUCAUCGAAGUGCUGCUCUACAAUAUGGCCGCGCUGCUUGCCGGCGUCGCCGCUGGCUAUGACGUGCGCAUCUCAAACGUGUCGCCGGUGCAUCCAAUGCUGCUUAGUGAUGUGCCCGCAUUAAAGGCACCCAUGGAAAUGGAGUUUCCAAGCGUUUUGGAUGAGCGCAGCCGCUUUGCCGCCAACACUUAUCAUGGCACUGGCAACAAGCACAAUCGCGCCACACUGAGUGCAACCACAUUCACGCGUUUAGAGGAACAACGCGCUCCUCUGCAUCAGAAUCCGCGCGGCUCGCCCAAACUGCAUGCCGCUGCGCCCAGCUUUUACUUCCAAAAGCAUGCGUUGCCCCCAGCUGACAGCAAGCUGGUAUUGCAACAGCAGAAGCAAACACUGCAACAUCAGCAGCUGCCACUAACCGGCUCCACCACAAGCGGCUUGGGCUCCAAUUUCACCAACAAUACCUCCGCGCUGCUUUCGUCGUCCCUGGGAAGUCAUACGCAGCCUCCAACACCUUCGCCGCGUCGGAAAAUCAGCACCUCUUCAUUUACUGAGAAUCUCGAGUAUUCGCUACAUGAUGACACGCCACCAACGCGCCGUUUUGAUGACGACUUUAACGCUGGCAGUGGCAUGCCGCCCUCCUCAACGCAAUAUACGCGCGCUGAUUAUUUGCGUCACGGACCGAGCUUCUCCAAUGAUGGCGGCGCUUAUGGCGCAGGCGUGCAUCGUGCUGGCUACUUCGGCUCCAACUACUUUCCGUAUCGACCAGAGGUGCAGUUGGCGUAUCAACGCGACUGUAAAUCGUAUCCUGACUACUCCUACGACUACAAUCACCGCCUGCCCAAUUACUACGACUACAACUACGACCCACAGCAGCCGCACCAGCAAUCAACGCCAAAGCAUCAGCAGCAACAAGCUCAGCAACACUAUCAAACGCGCACACCGCCGCCGCGCGUACCCCAAAUGGGCGUCAGCGCUGCUGGACACCGGCGCACACCGUCAACUAUCUCCAAUAGCUCCAACAUCAAUCAGGGCUUCUCUUUCGAUCACGAUGAGCUGCAUGCGGUAGAUUUGUAUGACUACAACAAUCUCAAUUUACAACUGAACAUUAAUAUGGGCGCCGGCGGUGCGCCUGACUUCGCGCACUACCGCGAGCUACCGCCACCUCCACCUGCACCGAUUGGCGUAGUGCCACCGCCCAGCAAACAUGAGCUGUAUAAGAGCUCACCCAAGAUGGCCCAGCGUUUGAAGCGCGCCGGUGCAGGCGGCAGCAUGGGUGGUGCCGACACAGGAGGCGGCUUAAAUCGCAUUCGCGACUAUGAAAAUUUACCCGCGUACAUUGCCAGCCCUUUGCACCGGACAAAGUUUCACAACACCUUGGCCCAGCAGCAACAUCUGCAACAAUUGCAGCGGGAACGCGAGCAACAACAUCAGUCACUCUUUAGUACACCGCAGCAUAGUCUCUACACGCACACCACACACGCGCAAUCAACGCCGCUGAGUCCGGUACAUAUGAAACCGUUAAGCGCGCAAGAGCGGCCAGUUUCGCUACCUUUCGAACAGACAACAGCGACGCUGGGCUUCAAUGGCAGCGGUUCCAACAAACUGCGUUCGUCGCUCAAAAAAUACAACUAUAAGACGCCUAAUGGUGGCGCCGCGUCUAAUACCGGUAAUGGCGCUGAAUUGGUGGGCGCCAACAUGAGCAAUGGUCUUACCGUAGUGGGUGGCAACGGUGUCGCCAAGCGCGCCGGCAGCAUUUCUUCACAGCAGGGCACGCCCACUAAUCUCACUCCCCCCGAUUCGCUCACCAGUGAUGACAGCUCGUAUCUGAGUGCCAAAGAGGGCUCCAUUUCCUCGCAGCACAGCCGUGUGCGUUUCAGCCCCGAGGCGUUUCUGGACGCCAGCAGCGGCAAUGGCAGCUUUAACAAUAGCAACAGCAACAAUGGCGGCAGCGGCAGCGCUAGCGGCUAUCUCAAUCAAUCCACAAUAUCGCUUUUCAAUCGACGCAUAUCGCGGCGCCACACCAGCGACAUGUCCGCCGGCACCCCACCAUCCUCCUAGCAGGCUAGCGCCGCACGCUUCACCAAUACAACACAACUGCAGUUGGCGCGCAGUCCAGGCGCUUUGGUCAGCAGUUCAUUGUCGUUGAAUUCGCCGCAGCAACAGCAGCUAUCCACGUCGGCGCAGCACUCAAUGCAGCAGCUUCCGUAUCGCUGGUACUCGGGUGCACGAAGAUCGCGUUCAGCGCACUACGAAUAUAGGUUGUAAGCAAGGCGGGAGGCGAUUAAAGCUCAAAAAUCAUUAUUGGAUAAGAAGAAAACUGCGCAAGCGGAGAGCAGGGACGCUUGGUGUUCCCAAUGAUCUAGUGUAACAUUUUCGGUUUCCACUUCUAAAUAAAUAAUUAGGGCGUACAACCAAAAGAGAUGUACAUAGAACUUACAACUUAGCGACUAAACAGGUAUUAUCUUUCAGACCGUUGUAGUAUUCCAAAUGUUAAAAACAAUGAUCUAUAUACAUUCGCAUAUAUAAGAAACACACUCCCGAUUAGCUGUUAGCAGUGCAAAAUUUUCAUUUCAUACCUUGAAAAUCACUCAAAAUGAAUAUUCAGCAAAUGCUUUAUUGAUAAAUUUUUAGAUUAAUCAAUUUGUCGAACACAAUAAGAGGCUUAAGGCCCUUCACAUACGAAUAUUUAGGGAAUAUGAAAUUGUCUUACUAAUCAUAUAAUUAAGCAGAAAUAACAUGACUAAAACGAGUGCUGAAUUACGAACAAGCGCGCUGAAUUAAUACGCUCCAGCAUAUUUUAUACAGACUCGACAUUUUUUCAACAAAAAAGCCAUAUUUAAAGUUGCUGAAUAACUGAUGUACCGGGAAAGCAAUAGAAAAUGAAAAUCAAUAUAUAUGUAUUUCCUUUCAAAUUUCGCUAACUUUGUACAUUUAUAUUUGCUGAUUUGCUUUUUGAUGCAAAGUCACGACUCAAUUACAACUGAGCGCGCUGAAUGAAACAAACUGCACGGAUAUACAUAUUUUAGAAUGCUCCGGUGCAAAUGCGAAAUUCUAACAACAAGCUGAAUAGCGCUGAAUAAACUUUACUUUUGUUUUGAAAGCGAAUCAUUGACUAAUAAGCCAAGCCUAAACGACUGAGCGCGCUGAAUGAAGUAAAUUUCACGGUUAUACACAUUUUACAAUGUUUUGGUGCAAAUGAGAAAUUCCAAUAACAAGCUGAAUAGCGCUGAAUAAACAUUAAGUUCGUUUUGAAAGCGAAUUAUUGACUAAAAAGCCAAGCUUAAACAUCGUAAGCAAAGCUAACACACCAUAUACUGCGCUGAAUACAUUUCAACAUAGCUGAAUAGCGUUUAACUACGCAACAGAAGAAGGCGCAUCUUAAUAGAUUUAAAAAAAGCAAAAGAAAUGUGGUUUGCUAAUUACUCCAAACAUGCCAAUCAUUCCCCUAAACACUUAAUUGGUUUUGCCAAACAUAUGUACAUACAUAUUUAAUAGCAAGAAUGAACUCUUAAAAUGCUAAGUAUUUGUAUAUAACCACAUACAUGUAAGCAAUCAUACACAAUUCCUACUGCUGCUUAUUUUAAAAACAAAAAUUGGUAAAGCUUGCAAUUUAUGCAAUAAUUGUCAUUGAAAUUGCGCUCUAAACUGUAAAUCGAUAAUGAAAACUCCAUGAAAAUAAGAGAUGGUUGUAGUUGAAAACAUUUUUGAAGUCGAUUCAGCGCACUCAAGAAUGACAAAAGUCGUUUUUAGAAAUGUUUUCAAUGCGAACGACGGGCAAAAAUAUUUUUUUCAAAAUCGCCUGAUGCUGUUUGCGCAUUUUCGAAAAUAUAAAAACUAAAAAUAAAUCCUUAAUCAAUGUGAAAUUGUAUGCAAUUGAUGCCUUAACAAAAAAUUAUGCAAAAAUUAAAAACUCAAGCAAAACAAAAAAAAAAACACGAAAAUCAUAAAAAGUUCGUAUAUUCGAAAAACAAUCAGAGGAAAAAACGGUAAAUUGAAAAACUCUCAACAUGUAUUAUAUGAGAGAUAUUCGCUUUUGAAUUACCACAAUAAGAAUUUGUAAGUUUCUUCUUCAUCUCUAUAUGCUGACGGAGAGUUAGGUGCAUAACUUUAAGGCUGAUGUUAUUUCAUAAGUGUAGAGUAUGUAUGCAUUACCGUUAUACAUGUGGUACAUACAUAUAAAUAUUAAUAAUCGACAGGAAAAGCAAAAUGGAGAAGUACUAUGUUUAUGAAUUCAUAUUUAAAAACAAGUUAAAAAAGAAAGAAAAAAUUGCAUAAUAAAAUUAAUAUAGUCAAUACUCAUUAGCUUGAACAACGUACCGGCUUGCAAAAUAACUGCAAACGCAAAUAUGCGGGCGUAAAAAUAUUUUUUAAUUAAUAAAAUUAGUUUUCUUGAAAUCAGUUCCGAUCGACGCCGCUUGACUUGGUGAUGUGAGCGCAUAUUUAUUUUGCACAAAUACAUUCAAAUUGUUUCGAUUUUUCUUAUAAAAAUCAAUAACAAAAUGAUAUAAUACUCAAACUUGAAUAGAAAGUUAAAAAAUCUGGCUCUCGAGUAAAGUUCGGUUAGAAUUCGAGCCGAAAGGGCAAGAAAAGUGCUCGCGAAUGAUGAUAUUGGCUUUGCGAAGCAUUACACAAAAGUAACGGUAAUGAUCAAGACACGAAAUCGCGAACCGAGUUGAGUGCGAAGUGAUGGCUUGCGUACAGGUCUACAUAUUCCCCUAAAUUUAUCCAUACGCGAAUAAUAUCGGCUCGUUCACUAAGUAAUUUCGUUUUUAGUGCAAUCUGCAACACAUUUUUUUAUUGCGUAACACAUUUUUUUUUAAUUAUAUUUUCUCAAUUUUGAUCCAAUAACUUUUGCCAACUUUCGCUCAAGAUACUGAUUCCACGCUCAUGAAAUUCAAGUGGUUUUUGACAUUCUGAAUUGAGUUGAAGGUUCUCCCAUUCAAAAACUUUUGCAGAGACAUGUAAUAGUCUCCAGGGGCCAAGUCUGGAGAAUAUGGUGGAUGAGGUAACACAUCUCAUUUAAGCUCAAUUUGUCCAACUGAUCACAAAACAAUUCAGAAAUGAUCGUGGUAUUGACGGGUAAAAGCUCAAAAUAAACGAUUUUCUUGUUAAAUCCCACCAAAUUGACAACAAAACUUAUCGUUGGUGUCUAUCGGUCUUCAGUAUAUCGAUUAUUUAUAAACAAGGCUUACUAUAUCAGCUGUUCAAAUAUAAAACGGUAAAUUGGUAAAGCUCAGCUGUUGUCAAGCGAAAUUACUAAGUGAAGGACCCAGUAUUCAAACACUUCUUGCGUGUUA